GACGUCACACUUGUGGAGGUAUCACAAGUCCGCUCAAAGGUGGCUAAGUCGAGUAGCAGUGGGCAUGGCAAGCAAUAAUUUUUGGGCUUCGAGUGCGUCGCUCUCAAUACUUCAUUUCUCCCAGGCAAAAUGCGGUCAUCUUCAACGGUUGCAGGUAUUCCCAACUCGAAUGGUCACCGACGGAUCGAGGAUCGUAGUUUAAGAUGCGAAGUGGGAAAGAUGAAUGCCAGAGGCAUACCCUACGCGAAGUUUCUAGAUGCCACGUUUCCCAGCUGGAGAGACCUUCCCACAAAUUUGGUCAACAAGCUACGAAAUGAAUUACUCGAGCUAAGGGACAAAUACUUGGAGGUUGCGAAGAAUCCGGACAGCAAGGAGGAAGAUCUCUACACGCCCUUUGCGAGUCUCAUGCACGGAUUUUUGCGUGACAAUGCAGGGUUGAGUGAAUAUGAAUAUGUACCGUCGCAUAAGAAACGAAAAAUUCGUGGCGCAGUCAAGGGGGCAGCGCGAGGCCCUGAUGGAGUCAUUAUCCGCAAGCCGAGUGAAAAGAGUGACCCAACAAAUGCCGAUGACUUGGAUUGGAGAAAUGUCCACCUUGUCAUUGACUUGAAGACAACGAAGAACUUUGGGGCUUCACUGAACCCUCCCAAGUCGAAUUCGGGGAUGACGGAGGACCAGAUUAAGAAUGAGUUGAAGAAGGAUGGUGGCGUGAGAUUGGACGGGAGACAGCAACUUGCUAGCUACGGGUUGGAACAACUCUCGAGCAACCCGCUCAAGCAGUUUUGUUAUGGCAUGGUUGUCAUUGGCCACUUCGUCGAAAUGUGGUACUACGAUCGCUCUGGGCCCAUAGGAACUGAAGUUAUCGACCUUCGGAAGGAAGACCAUUUUGAGCAGUUUUAUAAGCACAUGGCGGCGAUAUCGAACGCAAAUCCUUCCAGCCUUGGCUUCAAUCCUCACUUCAAUACCACCAGAUGGCCAGUUCCUGUCGAUUCCCAGAAGAUCACCAUCGGCGGCCGGCUCAUCUCAUUCGACGCGUCUAAACCUAUUCAUAUCUCACGCGGACUCACUGGGAGGUGCACGACGGUGUUCCCUGCGUGGGAGCAAACCUUCGGUACCGAGUCGGAACCCCCAUACGUUCUAAAACUUUCUUACCAACCCUGCGACCGUAAACCUUCAGAGGCUGAUCAUUAUGCCCUCCUGUUGGAAAUGGGAGUUGAGGGCAUACCAGGAGUCCUUUGUUCAGAGAAAUUCCCCAGUCUUGCAGAGGAGGGACCACGGGGUGCCCUCAUGAAACUUCUCCCUGGUCAUGAGUCAGAGUUCGGUCCUAUGCGAUAUCUUGAAGCUAUUGUCAUGGCUGACACACUCAAGCCUAUCACCUCGAUCGACAUAAACAAGGACACCAAGACGUUCUUCCAAGUUUUCCUUUCUAUCAUUAAGACGCACCACCAGGCAUACAAGAAGGCAAAUAUACUCCAUCGGGACAUUCACAUGGACAAUCUCAUGUGCAAGAUCGUAGAUGGACAUCCUGCUGGGAUACUGAUCGACUGGGACUUCGCCAGUGGCCCAAUUUCUCACCGUCCGGAUGAUCCACAGCAAACAGCUUUUACACUGAAUGUCGCAUUUCUCCCCAUUGAUUUGCUCCAAAAAGAAUGCCCUCCUCGACUCUACCGUCACGAUCUCGAAUCAUUUUUCUGGGUUCUCUGGUCCAUCAUCAUAUCAAAGGCUGAUGCCACUGAUUUAGACGCUUUCGCAAGUAUGUCCCAAUGGGGGCAAGGUGACAUAGACCACCGCAGGAUAUUGAAAACGGCUUUCCUGACCCGAGGGCAACGGGACGUGGUAGGACUGCUGCAGACAUGUAAACACACUGGCCUCUCUCGUCCAGGUGUUUUGCAGUGUCUCUCAACUUUGAGUGAUCAGAUACUGAGAGGUCAAGAUGCUUUGCGAAGACGGACCCGGAGUACUAAUAUCGAAACAGCAGAUGGUCACAUUACAUACACGGACUUUGUAGCUACUAUUGAACUUGCUAUACAUUCCUAGCUACAGAUUGAGGCUUUAGAAUCCCUAUAUAUACUCCGUACGUGACAUGAUUCCCUAGAGUUUCUUCGUCGAAUGGGGAAGUAUCUUGCGAAUGCAUGAACCAAGGUCUAUGUCUUUCAUUCCUUGCCGAGUAACCGUCACAGAGAGCUGACCGGAGUGAUCGGAUCCAAGUGGUGCCGAGCGGUAUUGCCUUGACAGUGUCAUCCGACAUCAUGUCCAUCAAGAACCCCUCCUUCAGAAGGCGGAUGUAUGGCCACGUUCUUGUUGUCCAAUCGGUGAAGUAAUCCGAUUUUCUCGGAAGAUUCGCCCGU